UUAAAAUGACGUUACAACGCCUCACAGCGCUUCGAGCGCUUAUGGCCAGCCAGCCAACAGCGCUGGCUGCUUACAUUAUUCCGACUGCUGAUGCUCAUAAUUCGGAAUAUAUUGCCCCAGUGGACGCCAGGAGAGAGUGGAUUUCUGGCUUUACAGGAUCAGCUGGUGUAGCUGUGGUGACAGAUGCUAAAGCAUUGGUCUGGACAGAUGGGAGGUAUUACACGCAGUUUCAGAAGGAGGUCGAUAUGAAUGUGUGGACGCUUAUGAAGCAGUCUCUGCCUGAUACUCCAUCUAUGGAGAAAUGGUUAUCGAGUAACCUGGUAGCUGGUUCCGUAGUAGGGGUCGACCCUCAAACUUUGACAAGAGAGGAAUGGACGCCGUUACAGUCAGCAUUAUCAAAAGCUAAAAUGCAAUUACUGGCGGUAGACACAAAUUUAGUUGACGCAACUAGAUUAGAACUACAGGACCCGUCGCCCGAAAGACCUCAUAAUUCACUGAUUCAUUUACCCGUUGAGUAUACAGGUAAAACAGCAGGACAAAAGAUAAAGGAAUUGAGGGAGAAAAUGGUCGAAAAGAAUGUGUCGGCUUUGGUUAUAACAGCUCUUGACGAAGUCGCAUAUACACUAAACCUCCGAGGUAGCGAUAUCAACUACAACCCGGUAUUCUUUUCCUACCUACUAAUAACUCCUACAUCUGUGGUACUGUUCUGGAAUGCGGGGGAGAUCCCGAAAGACAUAUACGAUGUAUUAGUUGAAGAGGGGGUGGAAUUGGAGGGGAGGCCGUAUGGGGAAAUUACGGUGGCCUUGAAGAAAUUAGCUAAAGAAUUGUCAGAAAAUGGUGACGGUGAACAUUCGAUAUGGUUGUCCAGUGAUGCGAGUGAAGCUAUACACAGAGCUGCAUCUGGGGAAGGGGAGAUAAAGAAACAUUUGACUUUGGUGUCUGAAACGUCACCAGUGGCUUUAGCUAAGCUGAUCAAGAACCCAGUCGAACUAGAGGGCUUCCGUCAAUGUCACAUAAGGGAUGGUGUAGCGGUGGUCCGUUUCUUCAAGUGGCUCCACGAUCAAAUAGACGCUGGGAAGUCUGUUACUGAAAUACAAGCCGCGGAAAAACUACUCGAGUUUAGAAAGGAUGAAAAGUACUUUAUGGGUCCGUCUUUUGAGACGAUACCGGGGGCUGGGGAGAACGGGGCCAUUAUACAUUACAGCCCUUCCCGAGAAGGGCCCCAGAGGGUGAUCCGUCCCAAUGACAUGUUCUUACUGGACUCCGGAGGGCAAUAUAUGGAUGGUACAACAGAUAUAACUCGCACAAGACAUAUGGGUGAACCGACUUUAGCCCAGAUGGACGCGUUCACUCGAGUACUUAAAGGGCAGAUUUCUGUUGGGACUGCGCUAUACCCUAAGGGAGUUAAGGGUAACGUGCUGGACACGCUCGCCCGCAAGGCGCUGUGGGACGCAGGGCUGGACUACGCGCACGGGACCGGCCACGGGGUGGGGCACUUCCUGAACGUGCACGAGGGGCCCGCCGGCGUGUCCUGGCGCCCCUACCCGCACGACCCGGGGCUCGCCGCGGGGCAGAUCCUGAGCAACGAACCCGGCUACUACAAAGUGGGCGAAUUCGGCAUAAGACACGAAGAUUUAGUUGAGACCAUCGCUGUUACACGUGAGACAGAACAUCCUAGAGCGUCAAAUCUCUUGGGUGAUUUCGAUGGACGUGGCGUAUUAGGGUUUAAUACAAUAACUCUAGUGCCGAACCAGAAAAAAUGCCUAAAAUUAGAACUAUUGGACGAUUUUGAGUUGAGGUACAUAAACGCUUAUCACGCAAGAGUGUUCAAAAUACUCGGACCUAUUCUAAAAGAACGUGGUUUCGAGGAUGACUAUCUUUGGUUGGAAAAGGAAUGCGCUCCAAUAACAAGGUAA